CCAAGUUUUUCAAGUCUAUCAACAAUAUUCAAUUUACUAGAAAUUUAUUUUAACAAAAGAGAAAUGGCCAAGACAGCUUCUUCACUUGUUCUCCCCAUCAUCUUCCUUGUAAUGUUUGCAUUAGUUGAGCAGAAUAUGGGAUGCAUGGCAGUUCUUGGCUCGUGUGGUGUGAUUACCGACUGUAGUGGGGAAUGCAUUUCUAGAUUUGGACCACAAGCACGUGGCUACUGUGACCGAGAUGGUGGUUCUGGAACAUGUGUUUGCGUUUAUCCUUGUCCGGCUGAUAAGCCACAUAUGUGAUAUAUACAUGCAGUAGUGUAAAAUCAGAACUUCUACAAAAUGUAUAAUUAAUAACGCAAUAUUAAUGUCAAAACCAUGAUCGAGUUUUAGUAAUAUUUUUAGAACUAUAUCUUGGAUCAAGACUUUAAUCUCAAG